UUGCCAGAUAUAACUUGCACCUUACCCUUGCCUUGGCUGCCACAAGGCUUGGAGAGAGCUACUCUACUCCCACUCUGUGACCAAAGAUGGCCGUUGUUCUUGAUGCCUUCAUCUCCGGGCUGGUCGGUACGUUGAAGGACGUGGCUAAAGAGGAGGUGGACUUGCUGUUGGGCGUCCCCGGGGAGACCCAAAAGCUCCAACGCUCUCUCCGCAACAUCCACUCUGUCCUUCGCGACGCCGAGAAGCGGCGGAUCGAGGACGAGGCCGUCAACGACUGGCUGAUGGAGCUCAAGGACUUCAUGUACGACGCCGACGACCUCCUCGACGAGUGCCGGAUGGAGGCCCAGAGGUGGACUCCUCGUGAGUCCGAUCCGAAGCCGUCCACCUUGUGCGGAUUUCCCAUCUUGGCUUGCUUUCGCGAGGUCAAGUUCAGACAUGAGGUGGGCGUCAAAAUCAAGGAUCUCAACGAUCGGCUGGAAGAGAUCUCGGCCCGAAGGUCCAAGCUGCAACUCCAUGUGUCUGCGGCGGAACCAAGGGUGGUUCCUCGAGUUAGUCGCAUAACUUCCCCGGUGAUGGAGUCUGACAUGGUUGGCGAGCAACUGGAGGAGGACUCCAAGGCACUGGUGGAGCAGCUGACAAAGCAAGAUCCGAGUAAGAACGUGGUGGUGCUGGCAAUUGUGGGGAUCGGCGGCAUCGGAAAGACCACCUUCGCUCAGAAGGUGUUCAAUGAUGGUAAAAUCAAAGCCAGCUUCCGCACCACCAUCUGGGUGUGCGUGUCCCAAGAGUUCAACGAGACGGAUCUUCUCAGAAAUAUCGUUAAAGGUGCUGGUGGAAGCCAUGGUGGAGAACAGAGCAGGAGUCUGCUGGAGCCCUUGGUGGAGGGUCUCCUGAGAGGGAACAAGUUCUUGCUGGUGUUGGAUGAUGUUUGGGAUGCUCGGAUCUGGGACGACUUGCUCCGCAAUCCUUUGCAGGGAGGAGCAGCAGGCAGCAGGGUGCUGGUGACCACCAGAAACGCAGGGAUCGCGAGGCAAAUGAAGGCGGUCCACGUCCACGAGAUGAAGCUGCUGCCUCCGGAGGAUGGCUGGUCCCUCCUGUGCAAGAAGGCGACGAUGAAUGCAGAGGAGGAAAGGGAUGCCCAAGAUCUCAAGGACACAGGCAUGAAGAUUGUUGAGAAAUGCGGAGGGCUUCCCCUGGUCAUCAAUACCAUCGGAGUGGUCCUCCGCGAUAGAGGACUCAACAGAAAUGCGUGGGAGGAAGUUUCUGAGCUACCAAGACUUGUCAUCCCAUCUCAAGCAAUGCUUUCUCUACUGUGCCUUGUUCCAAGAAGACUGUGUGUUUCACGGGCGUACCAUCGUCAGAUUAUGGAUAGCCGAGGGGUUUCUCGAAGCACGAGGAGAUGUCACUUUGGUGGAAACAGGGGAGCAAUAUCGUAGAGAGCUGCUUCGUAGGAGCCUUCUACAAUCGGAGCCUUACGGUCUGGACUACGAUGAGUCUUCCAUGAUGCAUGACCUGCUACGAUCGCUCGGCCAUUUCCUAUCGAGAGAUGAGAGCUUGUUCAUUAGUGACGUGCAAAACGAGUGGAGAACUGC